AUGAUUCGUAUUGUUAUAGUUGGUGGCGGCGCGGCCGGUGCCGCCAUUGCCCGCGAAGUCUCGAAGUUUGUCGAGCCGGCCAAGCACUCGCUGACGCUCAUCAACGCACGGCCUUUCACCAUCCUCCUUCCCGCCUCAGUGCGCAUGACGGCCAUCGGGUCCGAGCAUCUCGAGGAUAAAGUGCUCGUCCCCUUCGACAACCUCUUCAUCAACGGCAACGGGACUGUCGUCGUGGGCCGCGUCACGUCCGUCGAGGCGACGAAGGGCCAGGCUGGUGGGAACGUUGUUCUCGAGAGCGGGGAGAAGGUCGAGUAUGACAUUCUUGUGCUGGUGCCGGGGAAUACGUGGUCUGGACCGCUGGACUUCCCUGAUGGAAAUGAAGCGGUCUAUGAGCAUAUACACGAGUGGCAGCGGAAGUUCGCCGCGGCGAAGAGUGUUGUCAUGGUCGGCGGUGGGGCUGUCGGUAUUGAAUAUGCCGGCGAAGUCCGUGACUUCUUCCCGGACAAGAAGGCGACCAUCGUGCACAACCAAAAACUGCUGUUGAACCCCUACUACCCGGACAAGUUCAGGCGGUACAUAGCAGAUGAUGUUCGCGCUGCAGGCGUGGAGAUGUUGCUCGGUGACUCGGUGGACACUCUUCAGGCCAGUGAGGGCAAGGGCCUUACUACCCGCUCUGGGAAGAAGCUUGAUGCGGACCUGAUUGUACCAUCCUUCGGUGGCAAGCCCGCAACGAAGUUCGUCGCUUCCUUGGGCUCGGACGCCCUCACCAGUACCGGCCACAUCCGCGUGAAGCCGAACCUCGAGCUACCCGACUUCCCGCACGUUUUCUCCGCGGGCGACGCUAUCGAGUGGGACGAACCGAAGCAGGUUGUCUCUGUACUUGCUCAGGUUCCCAUCAUCGUCGCCAACAUCAAAAGUAUCCUCCAAGCCAAAACACCUGCGAAGGAGUAUAAGGGUGCCAUGAGGGCUUUGCUCAUCACUAAUGGCAGGUAUCGUGGGCUUCUCUAUGUGGGCAUGCUCUGGGGCAUCACGCUCGGGAACUGGAUCGCGAGCAGGAUGAAGGGCCGGACGCUUCUCCUUGACAAGGGACGGACGGCGCUCGGCGCAAAACCCUAA